AUGGCCCUCGUUAACCUAAAGCAAAACCAGGGCGAGUCCUUGAAGGAUUUUGUCGCGAGGUUUAAUAUGGAGGCCUUGAGCAUCAAGAACUUCGACCAUAGUGUCGCUAUGGUGGCAUUCCAGAAUGCCCUAAGGCCUAACCCAUUCGCUCAGUCAUUGGCCAAAACUCCCUCGCUUUCGUUCAUGGAUAUCCUUGGCUGGGCAACGAAGUAUAUUAAUGCUGAGGAGGUUAUGCAAGCAAAAAGAGCCGAAUACACCGAGAAGAAAGAGCAAAAGAAGCAUUCCGAAGAAAAUAAGGGUGAAGAUAGAAAGGAGGAUCGAGAGAAGAAGCACCAUCCUCGGUGGGAAUCAAGCAGCUUUACCCCCUUGAAUGCUCCAAGGGCGGAGAUCCUCGCCACUAUCGAGGGAAAAGACUGUUUGAAGAAGCCCCUGCCAAUGAGGGCACCAUGUAACAAGAGGAACCGAAAUAAGUAUUGUCGCUUCCAUCGGGAUCACGGGCACGAUACGAAAGAAUGCCACCAGUUAAAAGAAGAGAUCCAACAGCUUAUUAAUCGGGGUUUCCUCAGGGGUUUUGUUUCCAGGGUAAUGGACUCCUGGAAGAGGAGAGAGCGGCGUUCGCAGAGUCCUCCCCCCAUGAGGGACCGAGCUGAAGAACGGGAUUUUUGUUCGGAGUUUGCACCGGAUGGAGAGGCCACCGCAAGCAGGGGAGGAUCAUCCACAUCCCCCAGUGUUCCAUACCCUUGUCGCGAGGGAAAUCCCAGGAGCGAAGGGCGAGAAGGACUCAGGAGUGGCUCGAACCUCAGGGCUGAGCUUAGAAAGUGGGAGCUUUGGUGGAUCCUAGUAGAUCCAGGCAGUUCUUCAAAGAUCUUGUACAGGCAAGCCUUCUUGGCUUUCGUUGGUUCUGGGAAAGGGUUCCCAAACCUCUCGGGUCAUGCUGGAUAUUUUGGUGGCAGACGUGGACAAUCAGGACUCAACGCUCUUUGGGUUAUUCUUAGCACGUAUCACAUGAUGAUGAAAUUCUCCACAAUCAAUGGGGUAGGUGAAGUGCGAGGAGAUUUGCGUUCGGCCUGGGAAUGUUACAGGGCCUCCAUAAGUGUGACAAGGGGUGCAGAGACCCCGCAAGGGAAGAGGAAGAAGAAUUCGCCGAAAGGGGAAACUUCUGGUUAUAAAAAAGACUUGGAAGGGAAAAGAGAUGAGAGACCCCCACCAGCCAUUAGUUUUCUAUUGGAGGGGUCGGGGAUCUAA